AUGCAACAGAUUUCCGUUCCACUUGAUCUGAUCCCUCUCUUCAACAAUAAAGGGUUCGGAACUCGACCUGGAGAGGCAUCAUUCGACGCACUCAACCAGUCGUUCCCUGAGCCCACGGUUGGCCCAGAGUUCGUCUCUCCUGACACAGGAAUCCAUUACAGUUUCCCUGGCUACACCGGUCCCGCGGAACCCGAUAAUCUGAUCUGUAAUGGUCAAAAAGUCACCGUCCCUCCGGCUACCUACUUUUCGGCCUCCUUCCUCGUCGCUGGAGACGUGGAGGGUUCGACAGUCAGCGGCAAUGUCUCCUUUGUCUACUCCGACAACACAACGUCAGAAUUUGAGCUCCGCACACUCAAUUGGUUCAGUUUCUUGACCAUCAAUCGCGGCGAGAUCAUUUUCCCGAGUAGAUAUACGGCCAAUGGCUCUGACUUUAACAGCUCACAUAUUUUCGAGCGUACCACGGCUCUGCCACCGGGGAAGAAGCUGAGCUCUAUCAUCCUGCCAGUGAAGAACAAUGCCACCGAGGGCCGGCUUCAUGUCUUUGCUGUUUCCUUGUGGCAGCAAUCACCGGAUGUUGGCGUGCAGUCAGUCCGGCCAACGCAGAAGUGGAUGGGCAAUGAUACACAAAUAGUGGAGGUCACCAUCAACAAUGCCGGGUCUUCGUGCGUGUCCGGAAAUGGUCUCAACUUGACUAUCCAUGGAGAUGGUUUCCACACUGUUAGUCCAGGGCAUCUGAAGCGGCUCUGCCCCGGCGACCAAAAGAUUGUAGCUGUCGGUGUUAAUGGAGCUUCCGACGGUUUCGUUAGUGUCUCCGUAGAGAUUAGCAGCGAGGAUACCAAAAGGACGACAUCGGUUGACAAUGUUGAAAUUGGCUUGGCUGAGUGGACAGCAGAUUCCGACAGUCUUUCGAAGCAUGAAAGUCCGGAAUGGUUCGACGACGCCAAGUACGGUGUCUUCAUCCAUUGGGGUCCGUAUGCUGUUACUGGCUGGGGAAAUUCGACGCCUUACGAAAGCUAUUCAGAGUGGUUCUGGUGGUACUCUACCCAUCAUCCCGAAGGCGAUCGCUCCAACUUCUACGGAUACCGGCUCGAUACUUACGGCCCUGACUGGGCUUAUGAUGAUACCUUUCCGGAGUUCAACGCCUCCAAAUUCGAUGCCAAAGAGUGGGUUGACUUGUUUGCCGAUGCCGGCGCCAAGUACUUUGUUAUCACGACGAAGCAUCACGAUGGGUUUGCUCUCUUUGACGCAGGCAAGACUUCGAACCGUUCCGCAAUUCACUAUGGUCCCAAGCGUGACCUUCUCAAGGAAUUAUUUGAUGCUGCCGAGACAUAUCAGCCUUCUUUGAAGCGGGGAACAUACUUCUCGCUACCUGAGUGGUUUAACCCAGACUUUGGCCCAUACGGUUUCGUCCAGUUCCCGACUCCAUCAGCUGUCUCGUGGCCGGGUACGUUGGCCCCAAACCCCUACACAGGCGAACCCGAGCCGUACACCGGACACGUGCCCGUCAAUGACUUCAUUGUCGAUCUCAUGGUUCCUCAGAUGGAGACUCUGGCAUACGACUAUGGUACCGAUAUCAUGUGGUGUGACUGCGGCGCCGCCAACGGCACGGCAGGAUUCGCGGCAGAGUGGUGGAACAAGGCCCGUGCCGAGGGCCGACAGGUCGCCAUUAACUCACGCUGCGGCAUUCCAGAGGCGGCGGACUUCGACACUCCCGAAUACCAGACCUUUGCGUCUGCUCAGAGCCGCAAGUGGGAGAGCAAUCGUGGCAUGGACCCAUACAGCUACGGAUAUAACCGGGCAACGAAGCCUGAGGAAUACAUGAACGCUACCACGAUUGUAUACUCCCUCGUUGACAUGGUGUCAAAGAAUGGCAACUUCCUUCUGGACAUCGGACCGAGGGCAGAUGGGACCAUCGUUGAGGCAGAAAUGAAAAAUCUACGUGAGGCUGGCAAGUGGAUCAAGAGCCAUGAGGAAGCGAUCUUUAACACGACAUAUUGGUUCGUGCAGAGCGAGAUCAUUGGAGGGCCAGAUGUGAGGUUCACACAGACUGAUGAUGCAUUCUAUACCGUGUUCUUGGAGAAGCCACUCUCCAUUGACGGCUGGGUGACUAUCCAGGCCCCGAUUCCCAUUCUUCGGGGUGAUUCUGUCAGUCUUCUCGGAGUGAACGGUGGCGAGGAGCUCGAAUGGGACUUAGAUAACUCGGGAUCCGAGUGUGAGCUGAAGAUCAAGGUGGAUGAAGCUUUGAUCGAGGAGGACGAGUUCGGUUGGGUCUUCAAAGUCCUCUACAAGGCUUGA